AUGGUUGAGAAAUGUCCUGCCGCCACCACUGCUCGUUCCAGGCAAUCUCCGCGGAUCCUGGUGGUAGACAUCCAUCCUCCCCAUUGGGACAACACCUGCCGCAAACUCUGUGAAGCCUUGGAAAAUGUCUUCUGCUUAGCCUGCGGCUUGACAGGCUCACCCCGCAUCCCUUCAUUCAGCCUCUAUGUGGUCCAGAACCAGCAGGAAUGCCUGCUGCCCUUCGUGGCUCUUAAAGGAGGCUUUCCUCGGCUCCAGAGCUGCUUUGCAGAGCUUGGUGCCUUGCCGAAAGAAGGGGUGGUCCAGCCCAAAGAAGAGGCUGUGGUUCAGGCGGUGCUGGAUGGAUUGCAGCAGUUCAAACAAUACACCGGUCAAGGCAUGACCGGAGCCUGUCUGAACAGCUCUUCUGUGGAGAUUACAAUCCUGACUAGCCAGCCCAGCAGGAAAAUAGCCAACCAGCUGGAUGCUGGAUUGCAGGGCAUUGACCUGGUUAGCCUCCACCAACUACAGGUGGUUGAGGUUUCUCAGCGGGGAGAUCAGGAACUUCCUGGGGCACAGUGGGACGGAGAAGUAUCCAGCGGCAGUGGGGAGAGCACAACAAUCUUGAACACAGAGGUUGAUUUACACACCGUGGAGAACGAUGUGGUAGCCUUGGAGGACUUUUUCAAAGCCUGGUUGCAUGACCACGCUCCAGACCAAGAGCAUCUUCAUCUCCUCCUGCCUGCCAGGACCACGGGCCGCUCUGGGGCACCCAGCAACAAUGCAGCAUGGCUGAAGUGUGAUGUCCAGGAAAGAUUUCUCAGCCCUGCCCAGCUUCCUGCCGCUUGCGAGGGUGGAACAGCAGGAGCGGACAACGCUGCCGGUCCAUUCUGGAUGGCACCUGGCCUGGCCCCGCGCAGACUGAGAGUCCUCAGGGCGCUGGAAGCCGAUGGAGUCUGUGCAUCGGUGCUUUUUGGUCUCCCUCUCGUCGUAAGGCCCACAAACUGUUGGCAGCUGAGCUGGGAUGAACUGGAGACCAACCAGCAGAAUUUCCAAGCCUUCUGCCACUGCCUACGAAAGCGCAAAUGGCUGCUGCUUGCCAAAUACGAGACCUGGGGUGGGCCAGAUCUCAGCGGGGGCCUCUCCGCCGGCUCCUUCCAGGUCCUGCUCCCCUCGGACUCCGGCACCCUGCUGCUGCGCCCGUUGGUGGGCCGAGAGCUGCUGCUGCCUUGCAGCUUUCCUCCCCUCCCUGCUGAACUGCCUGAAGCGGCGCUCGCUAAAACGGAGGGCAUCCUUGGCAGCCUGGAGUUUGAGGCAAGCUACGACCCCCUGCGGGCGACCAGUUAUUUGUACCAGGCCCUGAAGAGGUACCUGGGCCGCCUGCCCGCCACCCGGGUUCAGCGCUGGGCACCAAGGCAGUGGCCCCGCCAGCAGGGGGGUCGCAUGCAUCCCGGCAGGGCCAGGGCCACAGUGGCCCCGCUGCAGGUGACCCUCCCACCUGCUGGCUCCGGCAGCCUCCCCCUUUCUCCAAGCCGAGGAAAGGCCACCCCAGAGUCCGAGAUGUAGCAGCCUUCGGAGCGCCCUGCCUUCUUCACGGCCACAGAGCCCCUGGGCCCAAGGCAGCUUCUUUGGC